CCGCCCACUCGCAGGAGGGCGCCGGGCCUGGGUGCAGGCGCGCGCCCGGGAACAUAAAAGCUGCGGAGGCGCCGAGACGCCUAGCAGCGGCCGCACCAUGCACGUGAACGGCAAAGUGGCGCUGGUGACCGGCGCGGCGCAGGGCAUCGGCAGGGCCAUAGCCGAGGCGCUGCUGCACAAGGGCGCCAAGGUAGCGCUGGUGGAUUGGAGUUAUGAAGCAGGUAUCGAGUGUAAAGCUGCUCUGGACGAGCAGUUUGAACCCCAGAAAACUCUAUUCAUCCACUGCGAUGUGUCCGACCAGGAAAAACUGAGAGAUGCUUUCAGAAAAGUUGUAGACUAUUUUGGAAAACUGGACAUCCUGGUCAAUAAUGCUGGAGUGAAUAAUGAGAAAAACUGGGAAAAAAUGCUGCAAAUUAACUUGGUUUCUGUCAUCAGUGGAACCUAUCUUGGUUUGGAUUACAUGAGUAAGCAAAAUGGAGGUGAAGGCGGCAUCAUUGUCAAUAUGUCAUCUUUGGCAGGACUCAUGCCAGUUGCACAGCAGCCUGUUUAUUGCGCUUCAAAGCAUGGCAUAGUUGGAUUCACGCGCUCAGCAGCGAUGGCUACUAAUCUUAUGAACAGUGGUGUGAGAAUCAACGCCAUUUGCCCAGGCUUUGUCAAUACGCCCAUCCUUGAAACCAUUGAAAAAGAAGAAAACAUGGGACAAUAUAUAGAAUAUGCAUACCACAUCAAAGAUAUGAUGAAAUACUAUGGGAUUUUGGACCCAUCAACAAUCGCCGAUGGAUUAAUAACACUCAUUGAAGAUGAUGCUUUAAAUGGCGCUAUUAUGAAGAUCACACAUUCUAAGGGAGUUCAUUUUCAAGACUAUGAUGCAACUCCACUUCCUGUAAAAACUCAGUGAACAUCUUCUAUAUCAGCCAUAACUGAAGAUAAGCACAAGUGACUUAUAUUCAGACCAUAUCUUCAUUCGAAUAUAACUUUCAAAGUGAAAUGUUAUUGUAUGACACUUCCCUUCAUGCACUUGAUGUUAAUUUUUUUCUAAAUGAUUAGUCAAAUAUAUAGAGAAAAAAUUGGGGACUGUCAAAAAUAUGAUGUGAAUCAAAGCUAGAUUUUGAUCCUUAUGGUCUAGGUAAUGAUUAAAACAAAGGAUAUUCAAGGAAUAUUCUGCUUUUCAAAAAAAAGUAUUUAAAUUUGUGGUUCAUAAAUAUUGUUUUUCAGAACAUCAUUUUAAAGGGGAUACUUGAAUUGUUAUUUAAAUCGAACCAUAUGUAAAAAACAUGCCUCAUUUUGUUUCAAUAUUCGCAUUUUAAAAGAGGGAGGUUACUGACCAUGGCAACUAUUUAGUAACAAUAACUUUUAUGUAUAUACCAGCUUUCAGCUGAACAUGUCACCUUUUAAAGUUGUGGCCUAUUUGGCGGCAGUUAAGGAAUAAAUUACAGUGUGCGUACAAUCCUAAAUGAAAAAUCUGAUGCAUGAAAAAUGACAGAAUGUAACUGGCUGAGUUGUUGAUUCACAGUUCAGCUUCCCAUCUGGGAAAAGCGGUUUUUCCCUCUUUGCUUACUUUAAAAACUUUCAUUGAGUCCAAAAAUCUCAGGAAUGAAAUUUGUAAUAGCUACAGCAGAAAAGAUAGUGCUCCUAAAAUGUUAUAUUUAAGAUACACUUAUUAAGAAAACAAAUACAGACGUAAUUUUUUUCAGAUUACUUCUCAUUUAUUUUUACUAAUUUCAAAAGUGCCUUCUUUUUAAUGAGACUCCCCCCCCCCCCCAUCUCCAGAAGUUACUUAGUGUUCUAUGUAUAGCGAUGCAGAAGAAGCCAAUUUGUUGCAGCUUCCACUGUAAAUGUUUUUGUAUGCUCGGAGCCAUAAUCACAAGAGGUAAAAAUAGCUGUGGUGUAUUUCUGUUUUCCCUGUCAGGUCUUUUAAGAUGGGAUCAUUAAGUGCACCUGCUUUGGGCAACCCUAUUCACAAGCAAUAAUUAAAGCUAAUAAUAGUGAAAGCACAAGAUUUCUAACUCAAUCCUUUCCUCUUAUAACUUAUACAAAAUACAAAAUGUAAAUGUUGUAUGAGUGAUUCACUGUGUCUGCUAACUCCAGAGCUCCCAGCUUGGAACAAAAUUUAUCCACCUGAGAUUAAUAAACAUUUCCUGGAGAUCCUGGAGUGUUGCCAUAUCUUGCUCUGUUUUAAUUCUGCCAUAGAGAACAAGUUGCCUUCACUUUUAAAAGGGAAUUUGAAUAUGAGUAACUGUCGUCUAGAUCUUCACAUAAUGUAUUUCAAAAGCCACCAAGAAAUGAACAUCAGUGACUGUCUAAUAGAGAUAAAUUGUAUAAUUAGCACAACCUUAUUUGUACAUCACGGCAGUGACCAAUCAGUGAAUAACAUGGGUACUAUAUGUGGUGUGUCACUUUUGUAUGUAUUUUUCCACUGUAAUGUUUAAAGCUGUAGCUUAAGCUUUUCAUUCAUGGAUAAUUCUUUGUAUUGGCAGCCUUCAGUAAACUUUGUACUUUGAUUUUCAAUUUUUUUCAAAUUAAUAAACUACGCAGAUAUUUACAACUGA